UGUGCACUCUUACCUCUCGGUUCUGUUUUUUCCCCUCAUUUGCAUUAACCCUUUCUUACCUUUUUAUGAACUUCUAGACCUACGCUUCUCAGAAGGGGUGGGACACCCACGUCACUCUGCCCGCGGCCAGGAUGGAAAGGAACAAGCCACAUUUCUUUUGGGGGAGACUGACAGAAGUUUAAAAGGUCGGCUGCGGCCAGUGUCAGAGACAUUCCCGGCUCCAUCACGCACCCUUCGCGUCCACCUCUGCCCACUGGAGACCACUUAGAGACCCAAGCGGAGGCGACAGCUGCAUUCAGGAAACCAUGCCUCCCGUCAGCGGGAGCCAACUGCAGACUUUCAACCCUGUUCACCAUGUGGAUGCGGCCGAGAAAUGACCUGUCCGGACAAGCCAGGGCAACUCAUAAACUGGUUCCUCUGCUCCCUGUGCGUCCCGCGGGCGCGGAAGCUCUGGAGCAGCCGGCGUCCUAGGACCCGGAGGAACCUUCUGCUGGGCACCGCCUGCGCCAUCUACCUGGGCUUCCUGGUGAGCCAGGUGGGGCGCGCCUCCGUCCAGCACGGAGGGCCGGCCGGCAAGGGCCCGCACCUCGGCCGCGACCCCGCUGAGGUUCCCUUUCCUGAGAUACCCUUGGAUGGAACGCUGGCCCCGCCCGAGCCCCAGGGCAAUGGGAGCACGCUGCAGCCCAACGUGGUGUACAUCACCCUGCGCUCCAAGCGCAGCAAGCCGGCCAACAUCCGUGGCACGGUGAAACCCAAGCGCAGGAAGAAAUACGCGGUGGCUCCUUCGGCCCUGGGGCCGGAGGCUUGGGUUGGACCAUCCCUUCAGCCUCGGGAUGCUGCGGGGGCGGCUGAUGCUGAAGUGCCUGGGCACGUCCAGAGGGGAAACCUGGGGGGGCCACCCUGGAGGGGGAUACAGGGUCCGGGAAUGCGAGGUGGCCGCUCGGACUUCCAGCUGCCCCAGGCCAGGGAGAGCAACAUCAGGAUCUACAGCGAGAGCGCCCCGUCCUGGCUGAGCAAAGAAGACAUCGGCCGGAUUGGCCUGCUCAAACAGCCUGUGGACAUGAGCGAGGUGUUUGCCUUCCACCUGGACAGGAUCCUCGGGCUCAACAGGACGCUGCCCACCGUGAGCAGGAAAUCCCAGUUCAUCCCAGAUGGCCGCCCACGGCCGGUGAUUCUCUGGGACCCAUCUUUGUGUCCGACAAGCAACGAGACCCACUCUUCUGUGAAGCUCACCUGGGGAACUUAUCAGCAGUCGCUGAAGCAGAAGUGCUGGCAGAACGGCCGGGUGCCCAGACCCGAGUGGGGCUGUACAGAUGUGCAUCACCACGAGUGGUCCAAGAUGGCCCUCUUUGAUUUUCUGCUACAGAUUUACAAUCGCUUGGAUGCACACUGCUGUGGAUUCCGCCCUCGGAAGGAAGAUGCCUGUGUGCAGAGCGGGCGGAGGCCCAGAUGUGACAAGCAGGAUUCUGUGGCUCUGCAGCACAUUGUCCAGCGAAAGCAGGACCCCAGGCACUUGGUCUUUAUAGACAACAAGGGAUUCUUUGACAGAAGCGAGGAUAACUUGAACUUCAAACUGUUAGAAGGCAUCAAAGAGUUUCCCGAGUCUGCAGUUUCUGUUUUGAAGAGCCAGCACUUACGACAGAAACUCCUUCAAUCUCUCUUCCUUGAUAAGGUUUACUGGGAAAGCCAAGGAGGGAGGCAGGGGAUUGAAAAGCUUAUCGACGUAGUGGAACAGAGAGCCAGAAUCCUUCUCACCUACAUCACGGCCCACGGGGCCAAAGUCUUACCGAUGAAUGAAUGACAGAACAUUCUCCCGGCCAGGGGACAGGCUGUCAUGUGUGCCUUUCCGUUUUUUGGUUUUGAGUCAAGUCCACAGACCUCAAGCCUUUUUCAGAACGAGGCCAUGGCCAUGAAUGCAUGGAAUCAAUGAAUCGAAUCAAGGGUACAUGGUGAGUGUGAACACUUGAAGCCAACUCGAGAAGCUCUGGAAACCCAUACGGAUAAAAAGAUACUCCUUUAUGUUUUCCUUUAACAUCACUGCGCGGGAGUCUCAGCGUCUGAGUGGCUGCACUGGCUGUCCCGUGAUAAAGCACUGGUCACGUUGUAUAACAGGACAGCGUAAACCCGAGGUAGGGACUCCUUCAACAGAGCGGAUCUGAUGCCACUUUGAUUGGUCUGACCAAAUGCCCAUGGGAACCGUUCUGGACAUUUUUCUGUUGCUGAUUGUUACAACAGGGCAGUCCCGAGGCUGCCCAGAGACAGCUCUACGGUGGAGAACCGGGGCCAUGAUCCGCAGAAACAUCGGAGCACGCGAUAACUUGAGGUAGAAAUGGUGGUCUAUUUGUAAACCCCCCAGCGUAUAUUCUAUUGGACCUACAGAUGGCCAGCCAGCUCUGUGAUCCUGAGCAGCAAGCAUCAUUUUCCAUUCCUUCCUAGGCGUGCCCUUUCUUGUCGCUAUGGAAAUCAUCCACACCUGACAACUUACACGUUAGGUGUAGUUUUACUCUCUCACUGUUGGUCCAGCUUAUGUCCAAUGGCUUAGAAAUUAAUUGCUUUUCAGGUAUAAAGUUACCUAUGUGAAACUGCACUUUGCGGAUCUCUUUUUUAAAGUGGAUACUGUUUUAAAAUUUUUUGUCAUUUUUACCAAAGAUGUACCAUACUUUCUGUAUAUUUUAUUAAUAAUAGUGGAUUUCUUCAAAUUUGUUCCAUAUAAUUGUAUUUAAUUGAUGUCAUCCAGGAUCAGAUAUGGAGUGUGUUUCAAUAUAUUGUUUGGCUUGUUCUCAUGUGGAUAAUAUGAACAAGCUAAAUUAAAGCCCAGCCCCGAUCAGUUCUCCUCAGUGAAAGCUCAUGGCUAGAACUAAAGCAGCAAAUCAGAGGGCAGUAAGCCUCAAAUAAUUCUCCUUGGGCUUGACCAACUUUUUAAUGUGGUGGGAGGCUGUGGACACAGAGCAGGUCACCUGCUGAGCCUUCGUGUCCUUGGAGAUCCCCUGUCAUCAGACAAGAUGGAUGUUCACAUGGAGGUUCCAAACCUUGAACAAAUCAUGAUUACCCUCCCACCACCUCCCACUCCCUACCCCUUAUUUAAAAACAUACUGAUUUCUCCUUUCUCUGAAAGCUUAAAAAUAGAACUUAAGAAUGUUUCUAAUACAGGCUAUCCUUUAUUUUCUCAGUUCCACAUGUUUUUGCUAGACUACGCCCCCUUUUCUGUGUUCUGAUCAAGGGUAACUCAAUGUCACCGUAAAUUAGAACUAUUCAACACGUUACGACGACAAAUGCUAGGUGUUUUUUUAAAAAGAGCAUAUCUAUAGAUUUUAAUUUAUACAAAUGUAUGGGAGCAAAAUGUCAAACUAAUAUGUUGAGUACCAGAGAAGGUGGACCAAGGGACAGGGAAUGUUAGAUCAUCUAAUUAUAACUGUUUGGGUCCUGCAUUCAGGUCUGACUUUCAGCAUCCUCACUUGCCGGCUGACUCUUGGAGAGCUGGUCUCCAGACCAUUCUCUCUUUGACAUUCCCUUGUGAAAUAUUUGCAUUUUACUAUGCUUUUUAUGGACUAGACCAUCCUACGCAAAUUUGUGACGCUGGCACUGGGAAUCCCAGGUUCCUCAGAAGUGGCUUUAAUUUUACACCUCAUACUCCACGGCUUCUGGGCAGCUAGGUCCUUCUGCUGGGGGUCUGGUGGUUUGUCUGCCUCCAGUUAUUCUGAAAUGCUGAAUGUUGAACGCAAGGCCCAGGAACACGUGUUUGUUUUGGUCACCUUUGCUUUUUAACAGUGCUUUUUGUUUUAGACUCAGUGAAUAAUUCAGGCUGUAUUAGUUUCGGAUGAUCGGUAGCUGGAGGCCAGGGUUUUCGUCCUAAUGAUUAAUAUUCUCUUCUCUCACUGAAAACAGUGGGGAUGCUCUGUGCCUUUCGGAUGCAGUCCAACGAUGCUGCGGUUUGGUUCACAGAAGCACAUGAUGUGGCUUAUUUAUAACUUGAGAAACUUAAGAUAGAGCAGUUUACCUUGGCAGACAUACAAAAGCUUAUUCUUGUGCGAUUAAUUAUUUUUAAGCUGAUGUUAUGAAAAUAAAUAUGCAUCUGAAAAAUCUGUAAUAAAAAUAUUGGAAAUUAAAAA